AACAGAGAGAGCAGCAACAAGAAGAAGCAACCAUGGUGAAAGCCUACCUCCGAUACGAACCGGCGGCGGCGUUCGGAGUAAUAGCCUCCGUGGACUCCAACAUCACCUACGACUCCUCCGGCAAGCACCUCCUCUCUCCGGCACUCGAGAAGAUCGCCGUCUGGCACGUGCGGCAAGGCAUCUGCACCAAAACCCUAACCCCUCCGCCUCCCUCACGCGGUCCUUCUCCGGCAGUCACUUCCAUCGCCUCCACUCCUUCCUCCUCACUGAUUGCUGCUGGUUACGGUGAUGGUAGCAUAAGGAUUUUGGAUUCUGAUAAGGGAACGUGUGAGACUACAUUGAAUGGACACAAAGGAGCUGUCACUGCUCUUCGUUACAACCAGGCUGGUUCGGUACUCGCUUCUGGUAGUAAGGAUAAUGAUGUUAUUUUGUGGGAUGUGGUUGGUGAGACUGGGCUGUUUCGUCUUCGCGGCCAUCGUGAUCAGGUGACUGAUGUUGUUUUUCUGAGUUCUGGGAAAAAACUUGUUAGUUCCUCUAAAGACAAGUUUUUGAGAGUGUGGGAUCUUGAUACACAGCACUGUAUGCAAAUUGUUUCUGGACAUCAUAGUGAAAUAUGGUCUGUAGAUGUUGAUCCAGGUGAAAGAUACUUGGUCACUGGUUCUGCAGACAAGGAGCUUCGUUUUUAUGGUAUCAAGCAUGAUUCUGUGGAUGGGGCGUCUGUAAAUGGUGGUGAUGAUUCUUCAGUUAGCAGCAAAUGGGAUGUUUUGAGGCUGUUUGGUGAAAUUCAGCGGCAAAGCAAGGAUAGAGUGGCAACAGUGCAGUUUAACAAGUCAGGGAAUUUGCUAGCUUGUCAAGUUGCAGGGAAGACAGUAGAAAUAUACCGAGUAUUGGAUGAUUCUGAAGCAAAACGUAAAGCAAAACGCCGGGUUCACCGCAAAAAGGAAAAGAAACAUGGCAAAGAGCCUUUGGAGGCAACUGAAAAUGGACACAAUAAUAAUGAGAACAAAGAAGAUAAUUCUACUGUCACUCAUGGGACCAUAGAAACAAGCAACCCCACUAUUACUGUCCCUGAUGUAUUUAAGCUGCUGCAUACUAUUAGAGCUAGCAAAAAGAUAUGCUCCAUUUCUUUCUGUCCGAGCACUCCAAAGAAUUCACUGGCUGGUUUAGCAUUGUCCUUGAACAAUAAUCUACUUGAGUUUUACUCCAUUCAAAGUAGUGAAACAAAUAAAACACUUGCUAUUGAUCUUCAAGGACACCGUUCUGAUGUUAGAAGUGUCACACUUAGUUCGGACAACAGUUUUCUAUUGUCAACCAGUCACAAUGCAGUAAAGAUUUGGAACCCAACCACAGGUUCUUGCCUAAGGACCAUUGAUUCUGGGUAUGGACUGUGCAGUUUAGUCCUUCCAACUAACAAGUAUGGACUUGUUGGAACUAAAGAUGGAACUAUUGAAAUUAUUGACAUUGGAAGUGGCACUUGUCUUGAAGCAAUUGAAGCUCAUGGUGGCUCUCUGCGCUCAAUUGCUGCCCUACCGGAUAAAAAUAGUUUUGUCACAGGAAGUGCAGAUCAUGAUGUGAAGUUUUGGGAAUACCAAAUUAAGCAAAAACCCGGUCAAGCUACUAAGCAACUAGCUGUGUCAAAUGUCAGGACUAUGAAAAUGAAUGAUGAUGUUCUUGUGGUUGCAAUAAGCCCUGAUGCCAAAUAUAUUGCCGUUGCUCUGUUAGAUAGUACUGUGAAGGUUCACUUUGUAGACACAUUCAAAUUCUUCCUUUCAUUAUAUGGCCACAAGCUGCCCGUUUUGUGCAUGGAUAUUUCAUCAGACGGAGAUUUAAUUGUGACUGGCUCUGCUGAUAAAAAUUUAAAAAUUUGGGGUUUGGAUUUUGGUGACUGUCAUAAAUCCCUUUUUGCACAUGAUGACAGUGUUAUGGCAGUGAAAUUUGUCCCAAAGACGCAUUAUGUGUUCAGUGUUGGAAAAGAUCGCAGAGUAAAUUAUUGGGAUGCUGAUAAAUUUGAGCGGUUGCUAACUCUUGAAGGGCAUCAUGCAGAUAUUUGGUGUCUUGCAAUUAGUAAUCGCGGUGACUUUAUUGUUACUGGGUCUCAUGAUCGUUCAAUCCGCCGCUGGGAUCGCACUGAAGAGCAGUUUUUCCUUGAGGAAGAAAAGGAGAAAAGGUUGGAGGAGAAGUUUGAGGCUGAUCUUGAUUAUACAUCUGAAAACAAGUAUGCACCGAAGGAAGAAAUACCAGAGGAGGGAGCUGUGGCCUUAGCUGGGAAAAAAACUGAGGAAACCCUUACUGCGACUGACUUAAUUAUUGAGAGAUUGGACAUUGCUGAAGCUGAAGAUAAGCGUAUUGCUGAACAUCAGGAGGAGAAAAAUAACAUAAAUAUUGCUGCUUUCCAAGCAAAUCCGCUUAUGAAUGGGCUUUCACCUUCUGAUUAUGUUCUAAGUGCAUUUUCAAACGUUCACUCCAAUGAUUUGGAGCAAACAUUAAUGGCUUUACCAUUUUCUGAUGCUUUGAAGCUUAUCUCAUACUUGAAAGAAUGGACUUCAUAUUCGGAUAAGGUAGAACUUGUUUGCAGGAUAGGCAUACUGCUAGUACAGACACAUCACAAUCAGCUGUUUGCCACACCAGCUGCCAUACCUCUCUUGACUGCUCUCCGUGAAUAUCAAUGUGUCAAGGAAUGGAAAGAUAAGUGUGGUUAUAACCUCGCAGCGAUGUAUCAUAUGCAGCAAAUGAUGGCUUCAAACUCAGAAGCUCCUUUCCAUAACGCAAGAUCAAUGCUGCUAGAGGCUAAACAAUCCAAACGCUCAGCAGAAAGGUCUGAUACUGGAUAUGUGAGGCCGAAGAAGAAGAAGAAGACGACAUAAAGUAUCCUGUUUGCCAACUAUAUGUUUAUGCGCCGGAUUAUGUUAAUGAUAUGUGUAUUUCAAUCACUCUGGAGAAAUUAGCCUCAAAUGGAAUAUAUGGGGUUGAUAGAAGAUUGCAGAUCCAGAGCAAAGGUAUCAUGUGCCUUUAGCAAAAAAAAAAUGGAGUUAAGAUUGGAUCAGCAGAGAAGGUAUACCCUGUCAAUCGUGAUUCUUUUUACCAGAAGAUUGCUGCUAUUAUGCAGCUUAUCAUGAGGUCAAGUUGGCAUCUUUAUUCGAAGAACAAGGUAUUCAUAGGUAUACUGUCAUCUAUGUGAGUGGCUUGGAAAAGGUAUACUAUAUGUAAACAUGAGAAAUUUUUCCUAAAUAUAAUGCAACUUUCUUUUCUGAACUAA